AUGCAGCGAGUUUCUUCCUUUCUCCCCUCGUGGGACAAGAGGUCGUCGGGAGGUUCUAGAGCUGGCCUCUUCGGCUGGUCCUCCAACCGUUCCAGCACUUCCAUAUCCGGCGCAAACUCCAAUGCAUUGUCCAGGUUAAAUACUGCGGCCGCUAAUGCCAGUGGCCGAGUACAGCGGGAGGCUUUCUGGCCUGCCACUCUGGAUCUCGAAUGCGAAAAGGCUGCCCGCAUCCUCAAGUCUUUCUGCACGGAUGGAUAUCUCGUGCCAUUGGAGGAAGAAGAAGACGCACAAUCGACGACAAGCGAACCACGCUCCCCAAAACGAGUCACCAAGAAGAUCCCCAAGCGCAUCAUCCAGAACGCAGCCGGAAUCGCCAUCUUUACCUGCAUGCGCAGCGGUCUGUACAUGACAGGCUCCGGCGGCUCCGGUAUUCUCAUAGCACGAAAGUCAGACGGUACCUGGUCACCCCCAUCAGGAAUCAUGUUGCAUACGCCCACCCUCAGCUUUAUUAUCGGCGUCGAUGUUUACGAUUGCGUUCUCGUUAUUAACAACCUCGCCGCCCUCGAAUCAAUCACAAAGCCUCGUGUCACCCUAGGCGAAGACGUCGGACUAACUAGUGGCCCCCUGGUAUCGCUUGACUCAGAUGAGUCGCACAUAAAAUGGAAGGACCUGGGAAAUACCGUUUUGACAUACCUGAAAGCGCGGGGUCAAAAUCAGGUCGUCAACUUGAACGGGUGUAUCCUGGCCGAGCGAGGGAACGAGAAUGAACGAUUCUAUUCCAACCAAGUAACACAAAUGGACAUUCUGGCUGGUAACGUCUCUCGCCAAGUAGAGGAGGUUGGGCCGCUCUCAGAGGUUAUCAAGAUGGCAGAAGGUAGGACAGACUACGAUGCCUCUUUGAUAAGCAAAAUCGCUGCGGAAUGUGCGCCAGGAGACGCCAUGAUCGCGACACCCAAAUCGUCAACACCCGCCUCGCCUCGAACUGCCUUUGGAAUUCCCAAUGUCGAUGAUCCCGAUCCUUUUGGCGUGUUGGCCCUCGAGAUGGCUGGCUUGGAAAUCCGAGAGGCAGGAUCAAGACUGCGACCUACCAGCAGCCAAUUUGACUUCAACCCCGCGCCUACGAGCCCAGCAUUCUCAAAAUUCAACAGGCAAAGUGUAGAUACCUUUGUGACGAGGAGUAACCGAAACAGUUACAUGUCCUCACGAACGGCGAAAAGUCAAAUGACAGAUGCUGGAACACAGACGGAUGUGGGCAUAACACCCGAGACAACCCCCAGCCCAGGUCAAAGCGAAGACGGUUUUGACAGGUCUACCCGCACGCAAAUUCCCGAGGUCACGGAGGAAGAGGAGGAAGUUGAUUACACAAAGGUCGACCUGACCCCUAUAAGACAUUUGAGCGGAGCCCAUACUCCUCUCAGUGCGACCAGCCACAGUAGCAUAACAGCUGUGGAACAUGACACCCUCAAAGUCGAGCCCCGGGAUGACACUGACAAGGCCUCGAGCAACUACGACAGCGACAGGGACGACAAGAGCAGCCGAAAGACCGACAAUGAAGGUGACUCCGAAAGCGAGGCGGAGGAAGAUGAGGAGGAGGAGGAACCCGUGGUGUUCGAGGUGGCUGCUGUCCAGCCGGCCAGAACCCAGGCUGUUGCAUCCCGCAUGAUCCACGCUAAGGGUAACAUGGUUACCAUUGGCAAGAGGAUUCCUCCCCCACUGCCCAUGAGGAGCCCUGCCAGGACCUCGCGAUCCAGUAAGAGCGAGAUCGGCGAUGUUUCAAACCUCCGAAGCCCUCUGCGAAAGGAGGCUUUCAGCGAGGAAGAUCUUGCCUCUGAGGAUGAGCAAACCAAGUCUGACUCUUCACCUUAUCUCAAGCCCCAGGAGUUCAAGGUUGAGAAGGUCAGAGUUGAGGCCAAGAAGGCUGAAGAGUCUAGGUCUGAAGAGCCCAAGAUUGAGGAGCCAAAGGCAGAAGAACCUGAGGCUAAGGAGGCUAAGCUCGACGAGGUCAAGGCCGAUGAGCCCAAGGUCGACGCACCUAAGACUGUCGAGAACAAGGCUCAAGACGAUUCGUCAUCCGAAUCCGACGUCGAGUUCUUCCCAGCCGAAGAGGCAAAAACGGACAUUGCCAAGACCGAGGAGCCUCAAGCAAAGGAACCUACUGCUGAGCCCGCCAAGAUUGAGAAGCUAGAGGAGGAGGAGGCUGCAACUGAGUCCAAGGUUGAGACCAAGGAUGCUCAGACAUCACCUACACUUCCCCAGACUGAGCGGGCAGAAAGCCCUGUGACACCCGAGAAGAAGCACACAUCAUCUAUUUACACUGGUGUUACCGAUGAUCGAUGGAGUGUCGAUGGCUCUACACUUACAACCCCUACAUCUGACCGACCUUUCUCAGUCAUUGACGAUGUGACUGAAGACGUGACCCCACGAAAGCCAUCAAAGGAGGUCGAACCCACUAAGGAGACUGAGCCAACUGAGCUGAACGAAAAACAUGAAGACUUGAAGAAGAUUACAUCGAAUGAGACAACCCCCAACACGAUCACGGUUGUAUAA